GGCGUGGCCAUGCCAGUGACAGUAAUGCCGCUGGUGACCGACCUCUCAUUUCAGGAAUCAGCCUCUGGAAGAUGGAGGACAUGAAGAGCAAAACACAUGUCCGUCCACGGCCCAGCACAAGAUUCCAGGUGGCAAUGUCUGAGUCCCUCAGUGACAAGACCAGUCUGUUGGACGUGAGCGCCUCAGUGAAGGCCAGCUUCCUCUGUGGGCUGGUGGAGGUGGGAGGUUCUGCCAAGUACCUCAACAAGAAGACCUCCUCCAGUCGUCAGUGCAGUGUCACCCUGGGUUACCAUGUGACCACCGAGUUUAAACAGCUCAUGAUAUCAGAACUAGAGACUCCAAACCCUGAGUUGUUUGACAUGACAGAUGCCACACAUGUUGUGAGUGGGGUGCUCUAUGGGGCUGAUGCACUCAUGGAAUUCCAAGAAAUGGCCAGCGAUGAUUCAAAGAAGCAAGAAAUCCAGGGAAAUCUGACUGUAAUGAUCAAGAAGAUCCCAACAGUUGAGAUCAGUGGAGAUGGAAGCCUAAAGAUGGAUGAUGAAGACAAGAAGAAGGUGCAGAACUUCAGGUGCAAAUUCCAUGGUGACUUUUACCUGAAAGAACUCCCUUCUACAUACGAGGAGGCUGUGAAGGUGUACAAAGAGCUGCCCAGUCUGCUGGGGGAGAAAGGAGAGAAUGCUCUGCCUGUGAAGGUCUGGUUGUAUCCACUAAGCAAGCUUACUAAUAUUGAGUCCAAGCUGAAGAGAAUGAUCUCAGAGACACUGGUGUCUCAGGUAGAGAAGGUGAUGGAUGAUUUCCACCUGGCUGAGGUGAGAACCAACGACCUGCUGAAGAGGAGCACAGAGAUCAAGGCUAAAGACAUCGUUCACAAACUGGAGAAGUUCCAAAGCAGUCUGAGGGUUUUCACCGCUCAGUUCCUACGGAAGAUGUCAGGCGUGAUCCCGGCCAUCAGAGGAGGCAACAUGGAGGAAACGGCCCUGAGAGACCUCCUGAAGUCCCAGGAUGCAUCUGGCUUCAGUGGAAAAGAAAUGGAGCAGUGGCUGGAUGGAAAGGAGACUGAGAUCAACGUUGUCACAAUGAACAUAAAAAAACUGAAAUGUGAGAUUAAACUUCCAGGCCCUGAGCUUGACUCUCUCCUCAUGGACCCAGAUGUCAAAGAUGUCUAUGUGUUCAACUUCACCUCUCUGAGUUACGAGGAGCCCUACCUGAAGACCAUCUCAAAGGCAGUUGAGAACUUCAAUAGUGGUUCCGCCAUCAGCACUCCUGAACAGGAUCCAACACAGGAAGUUCCCUGGUACAAGAGACCAGAUGUUAAAGAGAACUUGGCCUCCUCACACAGUGUCUUUAAAAGUGCACCCUUCAAGAACAAAGUGAUCAGUUUCAUUCCAGACCCAGAGCACCCGGGAGCUUCAGUCCGCUGGUAUCAUCAAUCAGCCCUGAAGGAGCCACAUGUCACAAGCAUCCCAGUACAACUAUUUGCCUGUAAGAUCACACUGGACACAGUGGACUUCAAACACCUUCUGUCGGAGGAGAACAGGAAGGUGACACGGCUGAGGAGGGUGAAUUACAAAUCGUCACUAGAUUUCGGUCCUCAGGUGCUGAGCAGAGAGCCUCUGACUGGACGCUGCUACUGGGAGUAUACUCUGUACGCCACAAAAACUUUGCAACUGUCGUACCAGUCCCCCCCUCAGGCUUCAGGAGAGUGGGAGUGUUUCUGGAGCUUGGUGAAAAAGAACAUCAAAGGAGGAAAUAUAGUAGACAUUAAGUGCCUGCAGAUGGUGAGGAGGGUUCCUCCACCAGUGGCCCCUAAACCGUCCAAGGCCAAGAUCCCCGUUCGUGCAUCACCUACCGGGGGCCAUGGAGACGGCGGUAUCCACGGAGACGGCGGUGUCCAUGGAGAUGGCAGUCCUGCCGCCGCACCUUGUCUGCAGAGAGAUGCCAGCCCCUCCUCCCUGUCCCCUGCCCAGACCCCCAGCCCCCAGACCCCCCACCCUGUCAAACCCCCACGAGCCUCCAUCACAGGACUCUCCGUGGACCUGCCCCACCCGCUGGAGGUGGAGCUGGGGGGCGUGGAGGCGGUGCAGCAGAGGCUUAGGGAGGAGGCAGAGCGGCGUGAGCCAGCCGGCUGCAGCGGAGGUAUCGGGGGUAACUCCUCCCAGCCCCGCAGACCCCGCCCCCGAGACAGACCCCGCCCCUGA